UGUCAAAAAAUUUUAUUUGUCAUAUAUUUUGUAUAUAAAUAAUUAUUAUAAAAUAUAAGUAAUUAGAUAAUUAAUUUUAUUAAUUGUUUAGACGUAAUGCCAAUUAGUAAUUAAUUAAAUUAUGGCAUUUCUCGAGUGGCGCCGAUUCAAUUUUUUUGAUUUAAAAAAAGAAGUCGAUAAUGGAAAAAUAUUUGAAGUACUUGGGGACUCCCAAGUGACGUCAGCGACAAGCGGCAAUGGGAGUUUGAUAUUUUCCGACAGCCUCGGGAACAUCCACGUGGUGAAACGAACAUAUCAAGUCUCGAGUUUCAAAGCCUAUGAAAUGUCAUGCACGCUGAUGCACCAGGUGCCUCAUACCUCGUACCUCUUCACCAUCGGCGAAGACGACCCCGGCUGCAACCCGACAAUCAAAGUCUGGAACUUUUCUAAGCUCGACAAACAGGAAAACCCCACGUGCAUCCGCAUCAGCCGCGCGACCCCCAGCUUCCGAGCGGUGCCAGCGACUGCGCUGUGCAUUCACCCGAGUCUCACUUUAAUGGCAGUGGGAUUCUCCGAUGGCUCGGUGAUGCUCUACCGCGGGGACGUCACCCGCGACCGCAAGAAUAAAAUAAAAGUUAUCAAAGACUCCAACACUGCGGUGACUGGUCUAGCAAUCCGGUCCCCAGGUAAGCAGAACUACUUGUUCGUCGCGACGACCUUGAACGUCUACCUCUACAACAUCACCGUCAAAGACAAAGAAGUCAAGACCGUCCUGGACAACAUGGGCUGCGCUCCAGGAUGCAGUGUCCUGGCGGAGACCAGUCAGGACAGUCAUUUUAUGAUCGCGCGCAAUGACGCAGUCUACUGCUACACCCUGGACGGCCGCGGGCCCUGUUACGCCAUCGAGGGUCAGAAGGUCAUGCUCGACUGGUUCCGCGGGUACUUAGUAAUCGUGGCCAAGGAAUCCGCGAGCACUCCCUCAGGAGCUGGAGCUUCCAGAAGUACCACGAUCUCCGCGAAGCCCAGUACCAUAGAGCCGAUUCCCCCAGGAGUUGACAAGCACCUGAUCACCGUCCUGGACAUUCAGAACAAGUUCAUCGUUUUCUCCGCCUCGAUGAUCUCCAUUUCCGCCAUCGUCUCCGAGUGGGGCGGGUUCUUUAUUUUGAGCGGCGACAAUAAACUCUAUCACCUAGACGAAAAGGAUCUGCAGCUAAAACUCGCUCUGCUGUUUAAAAAAAAUUUGUAUGACGUCGCGAUACGGAUCGCCAAGAGCCAGCAGUAUGACAGCGAAGGCCUCGUCGACAUUUUCCGUCAGUACGGCGACCAUUUAUACUCCAAGGGUGACCACAAUGCCGCGAUAGAGCAGUACAUCCGCACCAUCGGUAAACUGGAACCUUCUUACGUGAUCCGGAAGUUCCUGGACUCCCAGCAUAUUGACAACUUGACGACUUACUUGCAAGCGCUGCACAAACAAGGGAAAGCUACCGAGGACCACACGACUCUGCUGCUCAACUGCUACACAAAGCUCAACCAGACUGACAAACUGAAGCAGUUCAUCAUGACCAAAGACCGGGAAGUUGACUUCGACGUCGAAAUCGCUAUUAAAGUCUGCCGGUCGGCCUCUCCGGAAGACGCUCUGCUGCUCGCUCGCAAGCACAAAAAGCACGAGUGGUUCCUGAGGAUCCAGAUAGAGGACAAGCAGGAGUACAAGAGCGCGUUGGAGUACAUGGGGACUCUGGAGUUCGAGGAAGCCGAGAUGAUGAUGAAGAAAUACGGGAAAGUCUUGAUCGAGAAUGUCCCCGCCCUGGCGACCGAGUUUUUGAAAAAAUUGUGCACCAAUUAUCGACCAGUUACCGUCGAUCGUCCUCUGAUUGACCAGAAUGUCGACCUGGAUGAGCAGACCGACCGCGCGAACCCCGAAGACUUCAUUCAUUUGUUCCUGAACAAUUCCGAGAGGUUGGUCGAGUUCCUCGAGUAUUUGGUGAAGUGUGACACGAAAUGGAGCACUUUAGUUUACAAUACUCUCGUGGAACACUACCUCCACGUGUGGGAAGCCCAGGAAGCCGACGUUACUAAACUGCAGUAUGAGCAGAAGGUAAUUCGCCUGCUGCAGAACUCGGAGGCCUGUUACGACAAAGAUCAGAUCCUGAUUCUCUGCCACCAGCAUAACUUCCGUCGGGGUCUGCUCUACUUGUACGAGGAGCGGAAGCUGUACCAGGAAAUUCUGCAAUACCAUCUGCGGGAAGCGGACGACGAGUCUGUUUUAUCGACAUGCCGCAGAUUCGGGCACCAGGACCCGAACCUCUGGGUCCAGGCCCUCUGGAGCGUCGCUCGUAAUCGUAAGGCUUCGCCGAAACUGUUGGCGGACAUUUUGGCUUUCAUCGCUGCUGAAAAACUGCUUCCGCCGCUGAUGGUAAUCGACGCACUGUCCACUUCAUUGAACUGCACUCUGGGUGAUGUCAGGAGCUACUUGACCAGUGUACUGAAGACUGAAUACGAGCAGACGGUGGCUGAUCAUGAACUGGUUGAAAAGUACCGCAAGGACACCAUCAAACUCCGCGAGCAAAUUGACGUCAUCAAGAGCAGCACCAUAAUUUUUCAAGGGUCCAGGUGCAGUGCCUGCCAUCACCAGCUGGAAUUACCUUCUGUCCACUUCAUGUGCACGCAUUCUUAUCACCAGCACUGCUUCCAAAGCUUCUCGGAGAACGAAAACGAGUGCCCGGCUUGCUUGCCUAAUAAUAAGAAGCUGCUGGACAUCAUCAGGGCGCAAGAAGCCUCCAGGGAUUUGCACGAAACCUUCCAUAGUCUGCUGGACCGAGCCGAGGAUCCAUUUUCGCUGGUUGCUGACUACUUUGGCCGCGGGGUUUUCAAGAAGCUCAUGGUGAUCACCGACACUGAUGCCGAGAAGCCGCUGCUGGCUGGAAUCACCAACACUGCGGCGCUUAAUCCUAUCGUGAGGAACAGCGAGGACCAGGAGGUCAAGGAACGGGCAUUCGGGACUUCAGAGGCCAGGAUCAGGUUGACUGAAGGCAAAUCUAAGGACCUGGAUGAACGGGGCAGGUACGCGAUGACUUUGGAGGCAAACAUCAGUCCCAGGAGUGACCGCGAAAGAAAAUCUUCACCUGUCAGGAUUCGCGAGGCUCUGAUUGUCAACAGCAGCCCGAGGAACUCCCCGGGGAAGGGAUUCGUUGUUCCCAAGACUCCCAUUGUUCCGGUUAAUGCUGUCGCGGUUGACUAUGAUGAGAAAAAUAAUCCGUUCGCUGAAGAAGCUACGGAGGAAAAAUGUAUUAACCCUUUUGAUGAAGACGACGACAAGGAUGACGAUGAUUACAAUAAAAAUUUGAAUCCUUUCAGUAAAUAGAUUUUUUAAAACUGACUUUUGU